CAGCUCCGGAGGGUAUGCGGUGACAGAUGUAUUUUAGGGGACCAGCGGUGGGUCUCACCUUCUGCUGCUUUUAUUUGUCUUCGUACUUCACAAAUAAGUAUGUCUUGUCUAUCCUGAAAUUCACCUACCCCACUCUUUUCCAAGGGUGGCAGACCUUAGUGGGUGGGCUUAUCCUUCACAUAUGUUGGAAAGUGGGCUGGUUGGAAAUAAACUACAAUUCCAGAUCAGAUGUUGUAGUGUGGCUGCCUGGAUGUGCACUCUUUGUAGGAAUUAUUUAUGCUGGUUCCAGGGCACUGUCACGGCUGUCUAUUCCGGUGUUCUUCACCUUGCACAAUGCAGCCGAAGUUGUGAGCUAUGGAUUCCAGAGACUGCUAUUCAGAGAGGUAGGACUGGAUGAUCCAGGAACACUGACCAUGUUUAUAUGAAAACCACCAGGAACACUAACCAUGGUUAUACGAAAGCCAGUCCACUUACUGUAUUAGUUUGUUACAUCUCUAUAUUACUAUUGUUUUGGGUUUGAUUAAACUUGAAUUAAAGAAAUUCUGUCAACGGGAAAA